UGGAGGGAGCCGGGAUCAGCCAGGGGCCAGCAUGAGCCGGAGGGAGGGAAGUCUGGAAGACUCCCAGGCUGAUUCCUCAGUCUCACUUCUUCCCCACUUGGAGGCCAAGAUCCGUCAGACACACAGCCUUGCGCACCUCCUCACCAAAUACGCUGAGCAGCUGCUCCAGGAAUAUGUGCAGCUCCAGGGAGACCCCUUCGGGCUGCCCAGCUUCUCGCCGCCGCGGCUGCCGGUGGCCGGCCUGAGCGCCCCGGCUCCGAGCCACGCCGGGCUGCCGGUGCACGAGCGGCUGCGGCUGGACGCGGCGGCGCUGGCCGCGCUGCCCCCGCUGCUGGACGUAGUGCGCCGCCGCCAGGCCGAGUUGAACCCGCGCGCGCCGCGCCUGCUGCGCCGCCUAGAGGACGCGGCGCGCCAGGCCCGGGCCCUGGGCGCCGCCGUGGAGGCCUUGCUGGCCGCGUUGGGCGCAGCCAAUCGCGGGCCCCGGGCCGAGCCCCCCGCCGCCACCGCCUCCGCCGCCUCCGCUGCCGGCGUCUUCCCCGCCAAAGUGCUGGGACUCCGCGUGUGCGGCCUCUACCGCGAGUGGCUGAGCCGCACCGAGGGCGACCUGGGCCAGCUGCUGCCCGGGGGCCCGGCCUGAGCGCGGCGGGGCAGCUUGCGCAGCCUCCUUCCUCUGGGCUCCGUUUCUCUCUCUGCUUAUUUGUCUUUCUCUGCCGCUUUCGGUGUCUAUCUGCUCUUAACUGCCUCCGUUGCCUUGGCCUUCUUUGCUUUUUGUGGGGGAGAAGGGAGGGCACGGGCAGGGUCUCAGUCUCUCGACCAGGCCAGAGUGCAGUGGCACGAUCCCAGCACUGUUCUCCUGGGCUCAAGCCAUCCUCUCGCCUCAGCCACCCUAGCAGCUGGUACUACAGGCACACGCCACCACAGCCGGCUCAUUUUUUAUUUUAUUUUUUGUGGAGACGAGGUUUUGCCAUGUUGCCCAGGCUGGUCUUGAACCCUUGGGCUCAAGCGAUCCUCCCGCUUCAGCCUCCCUAAGUGCUUGGAUUGCAGGCAUGAGCCACUGUCCCGGUCUCUCUUUGCUUUGCCUGUUCCCUUCUCUUAACUCUUGGGCCCUCCUCGUCUGCAUGGUAACUCCGUCUGGGUCUACCGUUCUCUUGCUCUCCCUCCUUCCUUGGGCCUGCCUCAGUUCCCUUUGGCCUUCCCCUUUACCCAGCUCUUGGGAGGUCUCUGUUUUUCUCCAUCCCCACUUCCUGCCUCCCCGUGGCCCCCUGUGAGCUCAUGUGUACAUCUCAGCCUCAUCUCAAGGAGGUGACACCUUGUCUCCCUGUCCCUGUCUGGCUGUCUCUCUGUGCUUUCCUGGCCAGGGGCGUGCCUGCUUGUCCUGUUGGGGGAAGGCUACCUCCGCAUCUCAGCCACCUUCCUCAGGCUCACUCCACCCACAUCCCCAGUCUCCCACACCCCAUCCCUUCAGGCCUCAGCCUUGUCCCUUUGAUGUCUUCCUUUCCUUCAGCCCCUCUGCCCUGUCCCUACACACCUCCACUGCCUCCUACCAGAUGUGGGGAGACAAAACAAGCAACACCUUAAGAGAGUUUUAUUUCUGAAAAAUAAAUUAAUUUUUGUAAAUAAAAUGUUUAAAAAUAAAAAUGAAACUAAAGUUA